AUGGCGAGAAACGGCCACAACGUUGGACGGCUUUUAUCUUGGGGUGCUGACGCGAAUGCCCGAGAUAAGAAGGGGUAUACGCCUAUUAUCAUCGCGACCCGCGAAAUUCGCGAAAUGUCUGUUCUACGGCUCUUUGGGAACGGGGUGGAUCUGUCUCCAAGCUCGUCUGGAGAAACGCCAUUGCAGUUCGCAUAUGAGUCGUACCGCCGCCAUCAAAAGCACCCCAACCACGACUGCUCCGAUCGCAUAUUGACACAAAUUUAUCGGGCCACCGUCUACGGGGAUUACGGGAAUAACAUUCAUCACAGGACUGAACCUAUUUUAGAUCCAGAUUCCAUGGCUGAUGGUGAUGCAGAGGUCCUCAAAAAUCUGCCAUUGAACGACACUGCAGACGAUUGGAACAGUCAUAACUGUGCCGACCUGGCAGUAAUAUUUGCCAGAGGCACUUUCGACUCUGGGAACAUUGGCCCAUGGGUCGGUCAACCAUUUCACGAGGCGCUGAUUGAGAAAUUCGGUGACGGUAAGGUUGCCUUUCAAGGGGUCAAUCCGCACGAUUAUCUAGCCAACCUCAAAGGUUACAUUGAAGAUGGAGGACCGGAAUCGUGCGCUAUCAGUCUACGCCAUGCUGUCGAAGAGUAUUCUUCUCGUUGUCGUUCUUCCAAAAUCGUCAUCUCGGGAUGGAGCCAAGGGGCGCUAUGUGCACACAAAAGCGUCAACUUAAGAGAUGUACCUGUGCGAGCCCGGAUAAUUGCCCUCGUCACGUUCGGAGAUCCCGUGUCCAUUUGGCAAGAUACCAUCAACUUCCCUGCUCUGCCUGGCAAUACAAAGAUGCUCUCAUAUUGCGAAACCACGACACCCGAUCCACUUUGCACAAACCUGAUAGACCAGUUCCCACACGAUCCGAUCAAAUUUAUUGAGAAGCUAAAGGCUAUUUGGAAUAACUUUAGUCGAUCUAAUCUCAAUCAAGUGCAAAAGGCGGCGGUUAACAAUUUGGUGAAGGACUUGACGAAGCAGGCUGCGGGCGAGAUUGGGAAGUUGGGAAAAGACAUUUUGGCUGGCCACAUUCGUCGGUGGAUGCUGACACCUCAACACUUUUUGUAUGGUUUGGGCCCUAGUUCCAUGGUGAGACAAGCUGCCGAAGAUGUUUUUGCGCUGUAUUCGUCCCUCGAGUAA